CUCUCAACAACUUUCAAACGAUCAUAUCUCAUAUUCUCUCUCAUCAGACCAAAACCCAGUUUUCUUUUGAAUUUUCUGCUCCAAAACAUUUUUGAUUCAUUUUCGGUUCUGGGUUUCUGUUCUUGAAUCGGAUAAUAGAAUUCAACAGAAAAAAAUCAAAUUAUUAUGGGUCAGCAGUCAUUGAUCUACAGCUUUGUGGCAAGAGGCACGGUGAUUUUAGCAGAAUAUACAGAAUUUACAGGGAAUUUCACAAGCAUAGCCUUUCAAUGCCUGCAAAAGCUGCCUGCUUCAAACAACAAGUUUACUUACAACUGCGAUGGUCACACUUUCAAUUACCUUGCUGAAAAUGGUUUCACCUAUUGUGUUGUUGCUGUUGAAUCUGUUGGUCGGCAAAUUCCCAUUGCCUUUUUAGAGCGUGUUAAGGAUGAUUUUAACAAGAGAUAUGGCGCGGGGAAAGCUGCAACUGCCAGUGCCAAUAGUCUGAACAAGGAAUUUGGGCCAAAGUUGAAAGAGCAAAUGCAGUACUGCAUUGAUCAUCCUGAAGAAAUUAGUAGACUUGCUAAAGUCAAGGCUCAAGUUUCUGAAGUUAAGGGAGUAAUGAUGGAAAAUAUUGAGAAGGUUCUUGAGCGUGGAGACAAAAUUGAGAUUUUAGUUGAUAAAACUGAGAAUCUCCGAUCACAGGCACAGGAUUUUAGGACGCACGGGACUCAAAUGAGGAGAAAAAUGUGGCUUAAGAACAUGAAGAUUAAGUUGAUUGUGUUGGGUAUAAUUAUAGCUCUAAUUCUCAUCAUCGUUUUGUCUGUGUGCCGAGGAUUCAGCUGUUGAUACCAUGGCAUGGGCAGGAUUAUAUUUGCGAGGAUUGUUGACUCUACUUUUUCGAUGUUCAUUUGCUCAUAGUGAUAACUCGCCUUUUCGAUGGCCUUCUUUGUAGAUGGCCCAUAAUUUCGAUCUUUUGUAUAGGCGGUCUAAUGAGCAUUGACAGUGGAAAAUAGUUUGUUUAAUGUGCAAUUUCUUGCUUGACACUUUGAUUUCUUAAUUGUCGCUUAUGUUUCUUAUAUCGUGAGGUGCAUUUUGUAGGAAUUUAUUUAAAAGACUUAUUUUAUUU